GAAAACUAAGAUGGCGAUGUCAAAACACUUUUGAGUUUUGACUUGUCGGUGUAGCGCUCGCAAUCUCCGGGAUUUCGUUCAGUUCGUUUACAAACGAUUAGGAAAACAUUUCCAAUCAUAAGAAAUCAAAGUUGAAUUCGCGAGUGACAAAUCUAAGUGAAAAUUUCCCUUCAAAACUGCGCCAAAUACGUGUAAAUUCACGCGAGAUUUGCCGACUCGGUUCAGGCGGUGCGUGAGGUUUUUUCCGGACGACAAGUUGUCACUUAUUGUGUGCCUUGCGUGCACUUUUUUAUGCGAAUAAAUUGACAAAUGCCGUUGUAAGCAGUGCGACCAUUUAAUUUAUGGUUCCAGUUAUUGAUUGUUUGGAUGCCGUGUGAGGUCGGGGGCCCAGUUGCGGUUUUCAUGAGCCUCGCCGUUCGGGAGAUUUCACAAAGUUGGACAUAACCUGAAAGGAAAGAAGAGUCGCUGCCGCAAUUGCUGCUGACUUUGCCCGAAUUGGAGAUGUCGUUUCCGCCGAGAGCACCCAUGUCGGUGCCGCCGAUGGGGUAUAUGCCGCCGCCGAUGAUGUCAUCGGCAAUGCCACCAUUAAACACUCCGCCACCUCGAGUGCCAUUCCGCAAUGCAGCCACGAUCAGCUCGCAGCCAACAGUGUACAACACAUCCCGAAAUCAGAAUGAAUCUCAGCCAGUUCCACAGUAUAAAGGACCCAUCAUUACAGUUUUCGUAGGAAAUAUCAGCGAGAAGGCGCCUGAACCAGUAAUUAUGAAAAUUCUAGCAACAUGUGGGACCGUUGUGAGCUGGAAACGGGUCUCCACAUUUGGCUUUUGCGAAUAUGAUGGUCCAUUGGCUGGUCUUCGAGCUGUUCGGCUUCUCCAUGAUUUGGAAGUAGAUGGUAAAAAGCUAGUAGCAAAAGUUGAUGCAAAAAAUAAACUUUUGUUGGAUAAUUAUAAGGAAGAGGAAAUUAAGAACGGUAGCAAUAAGCCGGAGACUGAGAAGCAGGAAGAUGACACUGCGAUGGCAACAAUCAAAUCAAUCCUCGACGAGCAUCGGAGUGAAUUAUCGUCGACGAAUUCUAAUUCGAAUUCUGACACAAAACGGACCACUAUUGACCAACCUGUCAGCGGAAAAUCCAGCAAGGCUCUGCAAGAAGUUGACCUGGAGGACGAUAAGCGUGACCUAAUCAGCCGAGAAAUUGGUAAAUUCCGGAAGACUGCCGAGGCCGAGGAGCACAAAAAAGAAAAGGAAAAAGAUCGUAAGAAACGCGAAGAGAAGGAUCGUGAAAAGAAUCGUUCAGUGUCCCCCAGGAAAGAGAAGGAGAAGAAGCAACGAAGACGAAGCAAGUCGCGAUCACGUGAACGGGAGAGGGAACGUGAGCGAGAACGGGAACGUGAACGCGAACGAGAACGGGAACGUGAGCGUGAACGCGAGAGAGAGCGGGAACGGGAACGGGAUCGCGAAAGAGAAAGGGAUAGAGAUGAUACAAAAGCUUCAAAAAAUAUUCGAGAUUUACAGCGUGAGAAGGAAUUGGAGGAGGAAGCUCGUGAGCGCAAAAAAGCCGAGAAAAAGGCUCGUGAAAAAGAAGCGGCUUAUCAGGAACGAUUACGUAAUUGGGAAAUGCGCGAGCGACGGAAAGCUAAGGAAUACGAAAGGGAAAAAGAAAAAGAACUUUGCAGAGAAGAAGAAAGGGAAAAGGAAGCCAAGCGACUAAAGGAGUUUUUAGAGGAUUAUGAUGACGAACGAGAUGAUCCGAAAUAUUAUAAGGGAAGAGAACUACAACGAAGACUAGCAGAUCGCGUACGAGAAGCAGAUCUUGAUGCUAAAGAUCGAAAUAAAGAGCAAGAGGAGCUAGAGGAGUUGAAAAACAAAAUAUUCAGCGGCGAAUAUGAUAAUCCCACACAAGAAUUUGAGCGGCUCAAACGUAAACACGACGACAUGUACAAGCCUAAAAUUCUAAUAGAUGUGAAUAUGGAGGCAACACAGCAAAGAGAGCGUGAAAUGGAACGUGAACGAGAACGUGAAUUAGAGAGGCAGAGGGUUAAGGAGAAAGAACGAUUGCUGAAGGAACGUUAUGUGCAAGACCAGGCGAAUCGUGAAUUAGCCGCUGUGAAUGCCGAACCGAUUGAAUCAGAUUCAAGCGAAGGUGGAGCUGGUGCAGCUGCGAUCGAUAGAGGUAGUUCUGAAGUCCCCAGCGAUCAUUACACAUCGCCUGGGCGUCACAGUAGAAAUGACCGAUCAUCUGCAAUCCGCCGAGGCGACUCUGAGUCAAGAGACUCACACACUAACCAUAAUUUCCACGAUGAGGAUUCACGUUCAUCUAUGAUUUCGAAUAAUGCCGUCAGUCCGACAAACAGUCAAAGCAAUGCAUCCAUACCAGACCGACUGUCGAGCACCCCACCACCAAUUUCAGCGCCAGUUAUUAGUUUGAACUUAGGCGCGGCCAAUGCAAAGAAAAAGAAACUCGAAGUUAAGGAUGUGUUUAAUAACGACGAUGAGAAUGAAGAGAAUUCGGGUCCGAAGAAACGAAAACUUGUUCCUCUAGAUUACGAUGAAAAUCAACAGCAUCAACAACAACAGCAACAACCCCAUCAACAAAAACCCCCAUCAUCGCAUCAUCAAUCCAAAUCAUCGAAGCGAAAAGAUAAACACGACGAUCGCAAGGAGGAUUCAAUGACAAGAUCGCAAGAGGAGAAGAGGCGUCAUAUCAAGAGUAUUAUUGAUAAAAUUCCGACGGAAAAGAAUGAUUUAUUCAAUUAUAAAUUGGAUUGGAAUGAAAUCGACAACACGCUCAUGGACAAAAAAAUACGACCAUGGAUUAACAAGAAAAUCAUCGAAUAUAUUGGGGAACCGGAGCCUACUUUGGUGGAUUUCAUCUGUUCGAAAGUUUUAGCCGGCAGCACACCACAGGGAAUACUCGAUGAUGUGCAAAUGGUCCUGGAUGAGGAAGCUGAAGUUUUUGUUGUGAAAAUGUGGCGAUUACUAAUCUACGAAGUUGAAGCAAAAAAAGUUGGUCUUGGCAAGUGAAUGAUUUUACAUUUUUAGAGAACAAUAAAUGGAAAAUGUAAUCCAGAAUAGUAGACACUUCAUAUUUAUCAUAAAAAACAUAAAAUAGAUAUCGUUGAGAGCAGAUAAUAUCAUGCGACGAGAAGGAUUCCAUAUUCCAAGAAAUAUUCAAACUAUUUAAGAGUAAACCGGAGAAAAGUGAAUGCAAGAGCAAAACAACGGAAAUUUCAAAUGCUGUGUUUUAUAGUUAUGCCUGCAUAAUAUAAUUACCUACUUUAAUUGCAUUAUUAUUAAAACUAUUAUUAAUAUUCUUAUCGAAGCAAUGAGUUCAAUUUGUCAAAUGAUAGUUUUAUACAAACGUGAAUAUUGAAGCGUAAUUGCAUAGCCAUGUAAUUGGAGGAGACAGAAAAUAAAUUUUCAGAAGCGAGGAGAGCAGUUUCAUAGUGAAACUCUUAUUUGCUGAUAGAAUAAAAAAAAGGUUUUUCAUUCAAUCAAUUAAUUCCGUGAUAAAAAUAUCGUUAUUUGUUGUAUACUUUCGAUUGCGCGUGGCAACUGACUGGUCUGUGAUGAGUUCCGAGAAGAAAAUCUGUGUUCCGAUUGCGGUUAGAGGAACGAUAUUCAAAUUAGGAGGACAGGUCUGUUUACAUCUUGAAUUUGUCGCAAAAUCAUAAGCCCGUUGUAAUGGUGGCCAAUGGCACCAACUUAUUGGUUCAGGAAAUAAAAAGGAAUUUACUA